UGAUAUUCAGUGCACUCUUAAUUCUUAAACAAGAUGGAUCGUUGGAAUAAUAAAUUUGCCAUUGUAACUGGAGCAAGUUCUGGAAUUGGUCUUGAAUUAGUAAAGGCAUUGGUGAAAAAUAAUGUAAAUGUUUUUGGAUUAGCGAGGAGAAUGGAAAAAAUGGAAAAAUUGAAAAUUAAUCUCAAAAAUGAGAGAGGUGAAUUUUAUCCAAUAAAAUGUGAUCUCAGUAAUGAGGGCGAUAUUCUCACAGCAUUUCGGUGGAUUGAGGAAAAUUUUAAAACGAUUGAUAUUCUCGUUAAUAAUGCUGGUAUCACUACAUCUGAAUUUCUCAUUGACAGUACAGCAGAAAAUUUGAAAAAUAUUUUAGAUGUCAAUUUAAUUGCCCCUAUUAUCUGUACCAGGGAAGCUGUGAGAAUAAUGAGGGCAAAUAACAUUGACGGACAUAUUAUUUAUAUCAAUAGUAUGUCAGGUCAUAGAGUUCCAUUUUGGAAUAAUACAACAUUUAAUAUUUAUAGUCCAAGUAAAUUUGCUCUUAAGCAAAUGAGUGAACUUACUGAAAUGAAAUUAAAAGAAGCGAAAAAUUGUACAAAAGUUACAACAAUUUUUCCGGGACUGGUAAAAACUGAAAUGCCACCUGAUGAUUUGUUUGGACAAACAUCUUUCAUUGAUCCUGAGGAUAUUUGCAAUGCCAUUAUUUAUGCUUUAAAAACUCCACCUCAUGUUCAGAUAAAAGAAUUAACAAUCACUCCACUUGCUGGUUACGAGCGAAAAUAAAAUAAAUAAUGAAAAAGGCGAAAUACGAUAAAAAUACGAAAA